AUGAAGCAAGUGGAUCCGCCAAUCGAGGAAAUUAUAUACAUGGAUCUUCUAAGUUUUUUAGCAAAAUACGAUGCUACCCUAAAUAAUCAUUUUAUUGAUUCGACGACGUUCCGAGGUACCUCAAACAGAGUCCAAAAUGACUUAAUUAAAUGCACUGCUGACGUUGUGAUGGAUCACAUUAAAAGUGAAAUUAAAAAAGCACAUUUCCUAUCAAUUGCGCUUGAUGAAACCACAAAUGUAGCAAACUUAAGUCAAUUAUCCAUUUUUGUGGUGUAUUGGAUGGUAUUCCUCAAGAGCGAUUCUUAG